AUCACCUAGUUCUAUAUUUGUAAACCAACAUCAUAACUUGUUCUUGAAGCCAUUCACACAUCCGUUUCUGCCGGCAAAAUCGCACUCCAAGAUGCCAAGACCGGCGUUUUCCCUGUCGUCCUCCACCUUUGCAUUUGCCUCUUAUCGAGUUCCAUCUGGACCUGACACAAGCCAUUUGUUUAGUCAAUUUCAUCUGCCCAGGAAUUGAAAACGUCUACAAAAUGCCUGCGGGAAUCUUCAACUCCACAUACUAUGGUAAAGACUACCGCGCAGGUGCCGCGCUCCUGCGUGCCCGUCGGCCAUACCUCUUCAAGAAUGCGCUGACUGGAAUCGGUCUGGUCGGAUUCUCCAUUGCUGUUUACUCCUACACCAUCCGCGCAGUCGGCCAGGAUGAAUUCUCCGACGUUCAAGUCCCCGACACUCCCGCCGCGAAAUCACAGCAGUAACCCUCUUUUCCUUGGACUGAGAACCGUUCGAUAGAUAACACCCGGGAAAAGUCUGUUGGAUAAUCCUGUCAGCUAGGGUUUAACGGGAUACGGAGUAUAUUAUGGCAUUGUCAUUACUUAUUGAUUUUAUAUCAGACUGGGAUGCAUUUCAUGGGCUUGUACACUGGGAGAAGUUUCAAAGUCGGCAUUGAGUAUCAAGCAACGUCGAUAGUUUGUCCAUCUACAGGUGAACUGCAAGACACUCAACUGGAAUCCUAGGAUGAAGAUCUAGGAUCCCGCCCAGUCUGUUCUUAUGCUUCUGGGUAGAGACAGAAGACGACUCUCAGCUCCUUGUAUUUUCUAAGCCAUCUGUACAUUUAUUGAUAUCCAAACAAAGAAAAUACUCGCUCUAGUUCCCUGAACGUUUCAACUAUAGGUUACUGCUAUUGGGCCG